CAUACCUUGGUCGUACGGUACUGUAGGCAGCGCUUGCCAAUGGCAAUGGCAUUGGGGCGCAUUGCAUCACUGCCAUCUUCUGUGCCUGAUCAGGGAGGCGACUGCAGGCUCUGAGUAUGCGAGAGUCUUGUUGCAGAUUGCCCUGCAUGAUAGACGCGUAUGAAGAGGUUGUGGAGAAGAUUGAAGGGAGGUGAUGGCAGCAAGAAUGGCGACCGCGCCCCAGUGCGUGCUGCCCUUGCCGAAGCACCUGGGGGACGUCAGAGGCAGCAAGAGACAAGGGAACCGGAGCAGCAGCGCGUUGUUGCUCCAGAGGCUCUUGCUGUUUGCAGUGGUGCCCCCCAAGCAGAGGUGACCGCACAGUCCCCUUUGACACCAUGCGACACCUCCGGCCUGGCAGCGGCGCCAGGCGGUGAACCCGACAUCUGUGGUUUGAGGGAGAGUUCUGGCCGACCAGGAGCCCCAGCUGAAAAACCACCACCCACACCUGAGCGCACUUCCCCAGACGUUCAGACCAAUGCAAGCCUGGCAGUGCGGUUGCAAGCUCCCCCUCAGUCUCCCGGCAGCUCACCCAAGGCUCCCAGCCAGGCGGGAGACCCUGAGCAAGGAGCGGCACCUGGCGUGCGGGGGGCGAGUGUCCUGCUUCAGGAGGGGGGCGCUGGGCCGUGGGGUGUCUCUGUGCCGCGCACGUCCCGAUGGCAGGUGGAUGUUUCCAGGCUGUCAGGGGCGCGGCGGGCCUUGCGGGAGGCUCCCUCUGGCAGCGCUGACUCCACGCAGUCCUUGUCAGACGCAAUGCCGUGCUCGCCGCGCGAGGCUUCCUCGGAAGUAACGUCGCCCUCGUUGGAAGACCGAGAGCAGCCUGUCUGCUUGCCUGGCCUCCCUGCCUGCCCCGCUCAUCCCUCCGCCUGCAACGGAAGCCUCUGUGACACUGCCGUGGCGGCGCUUGAGAGUGGGCCUGCUGACCAGUCCCUGGAGGCGCUCCUGCAGGCUGCAGUGCGGACGCGGGAGGAGAGUGCUUCGCGCGCUGCGGCGGCACUGGCGGCGGCUGCGCACCUGGACAACGUGCUCCAUGCGGCGCGCGUGUACACCAGCAUGCAGGAUCUCAGCGCGGGAGGGCCUCCGCAAGCCGCCCUGCAGGCGCUGCUCACGCUGCGCGAGGAGGGCCACGGCUGGGGGAACGGGAUCGUGCAGGCCCCGCUGACGGAAGUGCGUUGGGUGACGGUCUGCUUCGAGUUUCCGUUGCAAAAUUCGGAGGACGUGGUCGAGCUCCUACGAGCUUCCGCCAGCUGAGUGCUGGUGACAAAGCACCAAUCGCGUACGACGAUGUUGCUGCAACGCUCUCUCCUCUGCUUCUCCCUGACCUGGAAGCAGCAGCUGCACGGAGAACCGCUGAUGCAGUCCCCCCCCAUCCGUGCAGGCCGCCAGCUGGGCGCGCAC